UAGUCACAGAUUUUUUCGUAACCAUUUGUGACAAAACAUGAAAACCCACAGAAAAAUAUGGGGCUAUAUGACAAAAUUUCCCUUGUUUUACUGAUAUGUCAACACCUAGAAGAGCUACAUGGUUCGUAUAGUUGUCUAAAAUUCAACCUAAGUAGGUGGAAGAAAUCAAUUUAAACCGAACAGGACGUGAGCCAAGAGACUUUCGUAUGGAAACUUAAAGGCGCGUUGAAUAGAAAUGUAGUUGGCGACUAGUACACAUUUCAGCGAUGCUUAUCCUUUAGGCUUUUACAUUUCAAGGAAGCUUUUAUUUUCUCAUAUAUAUUAUAUAAAUCAUCCUGAAGGUAGUCUUUGAUAUGGAAUUGUGAGAGAGUGGAACACUUCAUUAGCAAAAUGGCUGCAAAGACAUCAAAUUUAGUUGCUCUUCUUCUCUCUUUGUUUCUUCUGCUUCUAUUUGUCUCCUCCUCACAAGUUGGAGUAGCCGAGGCCAAACGCCACUUAAGUAACAAAUUGCGUUUGGAUUGUGUUUCUGAUCCAUCUCCUCCUCCUCCUCGUCGUUCCAUGGCCCCUCCAAUUUUUUUACCGCCUUCUAGAUCACACAAAGGGAAAGGACCAUAAACAAACACAUGCAAGUAACCGAGAAGAAGUGAUCAAGAUUUCAUACAUAAAGGAAAAAGAAAAGAAGAAGUGAUCAAGAUUACAUAUAGCCAUAGGGUAGAGUAGUGUGAAAACUAAAAGUAGAAAAGAAAAAAACAAUGAAGGGUCGGUCAAUUGACUAUUAUACAACUUAUUGUGUCUAAUACAAGUUGAACCUUUUCAUAUCAUGUUGGAAUUUUAAAUCAUAUAUUGUAAAUAU